AUGUCCUAUCCGCCUCCUCCAGGCUCCAGCAAUUCGCUCCCCCCGCGACCGCCCCCCUCGCGCUUCUCCGGCUUCAAGCCGGCCUUCUCGCCUGCGCCAACCCACUCCCCGAGCCCCGGCCCCUACGCGCCUCCUGCCUACUCCAGCGCACCGACAUAUGCUGGCGCUCCCACCCCCGCCGCACCCUCCAGAAACCAAUAUGGCUCUUCGUACCAGCCGUACGCGCGCCCGGGCUCCGUGACCGGCGGCUACCAACACCAAUCGCAGCCACCAGCAGCGAAUCCGUACUCCUACCCCGGCCAGCAACAGCAGCAGCAGCAGCAGCAGGGCUACCAGCAGAACUAUUACAGCGCGCCGCAAGUGGCCGCCGGCACCACCGCCGCGACCUCGUAUGCCGCCGCCCCCCAGAUCCGCAACCCCUUCCCGGCUCCCAACCAGGCGAAGACCGACGACUAUGACCCGGAUAUGGCAGCGCAGAUCGCGCAGUGGCAGAGCGCAUAUGUGAAAGAUCCCACGAAGGAAGGGGGUGCUGGUGCACCAGCAACGGCAGGAGCUUCAGCAGCAGGGUCUGGGGGACGAGCAGGCUAUGCUAACAGCGCGACGACGACGUACGCUGCGGAGCCGAGUGCCAGUGCCGCCGCCGCUUCAGCAGCGGCUGCUUCAGCAACAAACGGGGAGAAGAAGAAGACGGUCGUGCGAUCAGGCGGUGGGCAGAAAUGGUCCGACGACACGCUCCUCGAAUGGGACCCCUCGCACCUACGCCUCUUCGUCGGCAACCUAGCAGGCGAGACGACCGACGAAUCUCUCUACAAAGCAUUCUCGCAAUGGAAGUCCCUGCAAAAAGCGCGCGUAAUCCGUGACAAAGUAACGUCCAAGUCCAAGGGAUACGGAUUCGUAUCCUUCAGCGACCCGGACGAGUUCUUCCAAGCGGCCAAGGAGAUGAACGGCAAGUACAUCCAGAGCCACCCGGUUGUCGUGCGCAAGAGCACCACCGAGAUCAAGCCCACCGCCGCCAAGGACAACAACCGCUGGAACAAGAACGGCAAGAACAAGAACAAGAAUAAGAACCGCGGUGGUAACGGUUCCGGUGGUGGCGGCGGCGGGAAGCGCGACGAUGGCCUCGAACCUCAUCUUGGCCCUGUGCCUACCGGUGUGCAUAAGCCCGGCCAGAAGACGAAGGGCGGUUUGAAGAUAUUGGGUUGA